CAAUAGCUAGCAAAACACGAGUUACCAUAUGAUUUAAUUGUGGCGUAUAACAGCAAAAGCGCGAGUGGGAAAGCAUCUGUAUUGCGUCUGGACUAAUCUGAUAUCAUCUGGGUAGAAGCUACAUUUCAAGAAUGGCCACAGAUCCGGAAGAUGUGGAUUUGGAGAUGUCAAUUGGGCCUCAGGGAGCUGGUGAUGCAAGUAAUCAGCAGGAGGAGCCUUCAAGCCCAUCAGCUGUGCCUACUGUGUCUGAAAAGGUGCCCACCGACCGCGUGGACGGCAAGAAGGCGCGCGUGCCGCGGCGCGUACUUCACUUCAGCGACGGCACGAUGGAGGAGUACAGCACCGACGAGGAGGACGAGCCGGACAAGCCACCGGACACGCUGACGCAGCUGCGCUGCGGCGGACACGAAGUCGAUGGGCUGGAUGCCGUGGGCCUGGUACUGGUUCCGGUUCGCCGGCUACAGCACACUGAGCGGCGUGGACAGCGUGGGCGAGCGGUUGGCGUACAUGCUCGGCAUCACGUCGCCCAAGUACCAGUACGAGCUGGACGAGUACUACGAGAUGAAGAGGAAGGAGGAAGAGGAGCAGCACCAGCGCGACCUCGAGUCCGCCGGCUGGACACCCGGCUCGGCGCGGACCAACUCGGUGUCCAAUCAGGCGGCGUACGUGGUCCCCGCCGGCCAGUCAGAGCCGCCCACAUCGCCGCCGGGCCAAUCGGGCGCCGCCGCGGCGCUGGCAUCCGACCAGCCGCCGGCGGACGCGGGCGUGGUUUCGGGACAGCCUGUGGCUUCCGAGACGCGGCCCUGAGCCGCCGUCGCUGCUGACACCGAGUUGCUGCCUUGUGAAGAGCACCUGUUGCGGGGUGACGCGCUUCUAGUCACCGAUUUGCUUUCUGACAAGUCGCUGGCCUCGCGCGUGAUGAGAGGUUUUCACGUCGACUGCCUUAUGCCGUUGCAGUCACUGUGUGCGUUUGCAGUUUCUGAUUCUCGUCAUACGCACAUGGCAGGGCGACAAAGGGCCCUACUGUGGCGGAGUCCCUCGGCUUGGUAGAAGGUACUGCGAUUAGUGAAACUAGGGUAAACCAAAGGCUGGCGAGGUUCGAACUGGGAGGAGAACUGGAUGCCGUUGCUGGACUAUGGCGACAUCAAUGUAUCAAGGCUAGUCCCCAAGUUGUUUGUGGCGGGCUAUGAUUACGCUGUUUGCCGCUCUUGUGGUGUAAACAGGCACUGAACAGCUUCGUGUCUGUUGCAUGCUCUGCACAGAGUAGAAUACAAGCUUGGGGUUUGGCCUGGCGGACUAGGAAUAAGAGAAAAUGGGUGUCAUUUAGAAAUUUAACGUGAAAUUAUGUCGAAAAGUACGCAUGUGAAGUACCUGAAAACCGUAUGACUGCACGGCUUAUAUUUGGUGUUAAGGAUUGUCUGAAAGUAGUCUCAUUAGCGAGGAACCAACGUACUUAAGCCCAAAGUCUCUUAAGAGAGGAAUGAAAUAGUUCUUUAGCAUAUCCCCCCCCCCCCCCCAUCAUGACUAUGAAGAUAGAUACCGUGUCGUGGUUCGCAUGGCGAAGGUGGUUCGAGCCUGGUCCCAUUAUCAGAUAGUGGCACGACUUUAUUGAAAUCCAGUACUAUUGUAUCUAACUACCAUUAGCGUCUUAGCGCGGCUAUGCAUUUUCUGCGGGGCUAUGCGUGUUGCUUCUGGAGUUCCAAGCUUGAAUCCAAAUAGCGUUACAUUAUAUUCGUUUCACGAUCUGAUUAUGUUAUGCUAUGUAUAUUUAUGCGGCGAUGGAUAGUGUGAUCAAGAUUCCAAUGGCACGUGGUGGCUGCAUGCAAUAUGCUAAUAAAGCGUGACUGGCUUGUCCAUUG